AUGGCCGACCAGAACGUGUGGUACAGGAUCCCGCCCACUCCACGUGUCAUCCUUCCCGCUGUCGCGGCCGCGUUCACGGUGGGGGGGCUCUUCUUCCAUCUUGUGAGGAACAAGAAGAUCUUCGGGGGCUCGAUUCCGCGGACGCUGACGCCGGAAUGGGAGGACGCAACGGACCUGAAAAUGCACGCGUGGCCCCGGGAGGCGAGCGAGCACCCGGUGGCAAUCAACCCCAUCCGGCGGGAAAACUUCUACGUCAGAACGGACAACCGGUAUGAAGAACACGAGAUCAGGAGAAGCAUCGGAAAAAAGGCUGAGAAGCUUUGA